CCAACCCUUUGAUCACCAGCAGCACAUCUCCUCCUCCACCAGCUCCCCAUCCCCUCAUCGACCUCCAAUUCCCUCCACGAAUUUCCCACUUCCCGCUACUACCAACCCAGCAUGGCCGCCGCAGCCACCGCCGUGCGCUUCCACCAGGCCGCCGGGCGGCGUGCUGCUGGCGCCGCCGCCCCGCCACGCCGGGCCGCGGCGCGCUUCGCGGUGCGCGCGGACGCCGCGCCGGCGGCGGCGACGGCGCUGACGCAGGACGACCUGAAGCGGCUGGCGGCGGUGCGGGCGGUGGAGCAGGUGCAGAGCGGGAUGGUGCUGGGGCUCGGGACUGGGUCCACGGCCGCCUUCGCCGUCGCCGAGAUCGGCGCGCUCCUCGCUAACGGGAAGCUCUCCGGCAUCGUCGGUGUGCCCACCUCCAAGCGCACCUUCGAGCAGGCCACCUCGCUCGGGAUCCCUCUCUCCACGCUCGACGACCACCCCGUCAUCGACCUCGCCAUUGACGGCGCCGACGAGGUUGAUCCAGAUCUUAACCUUGUGAAAGGGCGGGGUGGAGCCCUUCUCAGGGAGAAGAUGGUCGAGGCUGCAUCAGGCAAGUUCAUUGUCGUUGUUGAUGAGACAAAACUAGUUACUGGCCUAGGAGGGAGUGGUCUAGCCAUGCCAGUUGAAAUUGUGCAGUUCUGCUGGAAGUACAAUCAAGUAAGACUGCAGGAUCUAUUUAACGAAGAAGGAUGUGAAGCAAAGCUGAGAUUGAACGAAGAUGGCAAGCCCUAUGUUACUGACAACUCGAACUACAUAGUAGAUUUAUACUUCAAGACACCAAUCAAGGACGCGUUGGGUGCCGGGAAGGAGAUUGCAGCUCUGGAAGGUGUCGUUGAGCAUGGGUUGUUCUUGAACAUGGCGAGUUCAGUGAUCAUUGCUGGCUCAGACGGUGUCAGUGUCAAAACAAAGUGAGUUUUUUGGGUCAGUUGUUCCUGUGUUGCAUUUAUGGUUUUUUGAUAAAUAAACUAUCGGUGUAAAUGGAGGAAAUAAUAUUCUUCAACUAAUAUAUUACCCAUGUGUUCUGAACUGUUUCUCAUUUUA